AUGGUCUACACACACUCACCAAAGGAGCCCAUUGCCAUCAUUGGCACCGGGUGUCGCUUCCCCGGCGGUUCGACGUCUCCGUCGAAGUUGUGGGAUCUACUCUACUCGCCGCGGGAUCUCACGAGAGAAGUUCCCGCGGAAUCACGGUUCAACCCCAAGGGUUUCUACAAUGUCGACGGGGAACAUCAUGGGGCAAGCAACGCAACCAAUGCGUACUUCAUUGAGGAGGAUCCGCGGUAUUUCGAUGCGGGAUUCUUCAGCAUCGCCCCGCGCGAGGCCGAAUCGAUCGACCCGCAACAAAGGCUCCUGCUGGAGACAGUGUACGAAGCGAUGGAAAAUGCAGGGCUUACCCUGAAUGGAAUGCGAGGCAGCGCGACUUCAGCCUACAUGGGCGCCAUGUCGGCCGAUUACACCGAUACCCAGCUGAGAGAUAUCGAGAACGUCUCCAAAUACAUGAUCACCGGAACCUCGCGCGCACUCUUGGCGAACCGUCUCUCCUACUUUUUUGACUGGAAAGGCCCGUCGAUCAGUGUCGACACGGCCUGCUCGUCGAGUCUGGCGGCCGUGCAUCUUGGGGUCCAGGCCUUGCGCGCUGGCGAGUGUACCAUCUCCUGCGUGGGCGGCUCCAAUAUCAUUUUGAACCCCGAUUGCUACCUUGCCGCGACCAGUCUGCAUUUGCUUUCACCGACGGGUCGCUCACAGAUGUGGGAUCAAGCCGCCGACGGAUACGCCCGAGGCGAGGGCGUGUGUGUCUUCUUCAUGAAGACCUUGUCUCAGGCGCUGCGAGAUGGAGAUCGGAUCGACGCACUCCUGCGAGAGACAUGCGUCAACUCGGAUGGUCGCACCCAGGGAAUCGCCUUACCGAGUGCUGAGGCCCAAGUGUCGUUGAUGCGCACUGCAUAUAAGAACGCUGGACUUGACCUCUCAAAGGCCGAGGAUCGCCCCCAGUACAUUGAAGCGCAUGGAACCGGUACUCAAGCGGGAGAUCCCAGAGAAGCAUACGCCAUUGCCACCACGUUUUUCCCGCCUGGAGAAGACCACAGUCAUCGACCUAAACUGGUCGUUGGGUCAGUCAAGACCAUUAUUGGUCACACCGAAGGAUGUGCUGGUAUCGCAGGAAUUCUGAAGGCUGUUCUGGCCAUGCGGCAUAAGACCAUUCCCCCGAACCAACAUUUCCACAACCUCAACCCCAGCGUAAAGCCUUCUUUCAAGCACCUUUCAAUAGCGACUUCACCCCAGCCCUGGCCCGUUGUGCCUCCUGACACACCGCUACGGGCAAGUGUUAACGGAUUUGGCUCGGGUGGUACUAAUUGCCAUGCAAUUGUGGAAAGCUACGUGCCCGAAAUUCAUGACAAUGGCCCUUGGGGAAAGCCAAAAGAGAUGACACAGGUCCCCAACGGUGUCGCCGCACCGGAGACUGACUUCUCCCCUAUACCCCUGAUUUUUUCAGCUAGCUCCGGAACAGCCCUCCGUGCCAUGCUAGAGAGGUAUCAAGAGUAUCUGGAGAGGACCGAGGUGUCCCUUCUACGCCUGGCAAUGACGCUCAACUCUCAUCGUUCGACUCUGCCAGUCCGGGUCUCGAUUCCUGGGACCUCGAAAGCUGAUGUUCUCGCAGCGAUCCGGACGCAACUUGCCAAAGUCGGUUCAAAUCCCGGUGCCGAGAUUGGUACCAGAUCUUCCGUUCCAGAGUUUGAUCACGUCAGACGCCCCAAGAUAUUGGGUGUGUUCACUGGUCAAGGAGCUCAAUGGGCCGGCAUGGGCCAAGGUCUGAUGGCGAAGAGUGCGCUGUUCAGACAAGUCAUCGAGGUGAUGGAAGAGGCAAUGGCACAACUCCCCGAUGGACCAGAGUGGUCUCUGAAAGAGGAGAUCAUGAAGCCUCCAAAAACCUCGCGCUUGGGCGAAGCCGAGAUUUCCCUACCCGUAUGUGCGGCCCUUCAGGUUGGCCUGGUCAAGGUGCUCCGGAGCGCAGGAAUCACUUUCAGCAUGGUCGUCGGUCACUCUGGCGGCGAGAUUGGUUCUGCCUAUGCCGCGGGCAAAAUCAGCGAGGUCGAUGCCAUCAAGAUUGCCUACUAUCGCGGGGUGUACACCAAACUCGCCAUUGGGAAGGAUGGAAAGAAGGGCGGUAUGAUUGCCGUUGGAUUUGGCUACGAAGACGGUCUCAACUUUUGCGCGAUGGAGCAAUUCGCCGAUCGCCUCACGGUUGCUGCCAGCAACUCGCCCAAGAGCGUCACACUUUCGGGAGACCUGGACGCUGUUCAUGAGGCAAAGGAAUUGCUGGACGCUGAAGGCGUGUUCAACCGUGUCUUACGGCUCGACACGGCGUACCACUCGCCCCACAUGUAUCCUUGCGCGGCGCCGUAUCUGGCUGCUAUCGAGCGCUGCGGUCUGGUGGCUGGCAAAUCCAAUGGAACGGCUUGGGCAUCCAGUGUCUACGACGAUAACCGGAUGAUGACCUCCGCCCAAGACAAAGACCUGGAAGCGGCAUACUGGAAAGACAAUCUGAUCGGGAGGGUUCUGUUCUCGCAAGCCGUGGAACGUGCCCUGGACGAGGGGAAUGGCGACUUUGACCUCGCCCUUGAGAUUGGCCCGCAUCCUUCACUCAAAGGGCCUACUCUGGAGACAAUCAGACACAAGAUUGGCUCGGAGAUUCCUUACUCUGGCGUCUUGGAUCGCAAGGCCGACGACAUCUUGGCCCUGAGUACCGCUCUUGGGUUCUCAUGGCUGACAUUGGGGUCGGGGGUGGUCGACUUUGCCGGGUACGUGUCUGGAUUUGACCCGAGCAAUGCUUCCAUCCUAAACGCCCCGGCGUUGCCUGACCUGCCGACCUAUCCGUGGGAUCAUAAGAAGGUCUUGUAUCGCGAGUCCCGUCUCAACAAGAAUGUCCGCCACAGGGUUGAUCCGCCUCACCCGCUGCUGGGCAGUAGAACGCCCGAUGAUACAGAUUACGAGCCCCGAUGGCGAAACUUCCUUAUCAUGGAGGAGCUGCCCUGGCUGCGGGACCAUUGUGUCCAAGGCCAGAUCAUCGUUCCGGCGGCUACCUACUCCGUGAUGGCUCUGGAGGCCGCCAAGGUCCUUUGCAGGGGCAAGCAUGUGCAGAGUAUUGAGCUGUCCGAUGUGGCCAUAUUACGCCCGAUUGUUCUCGACGAGGCAUCAGAUGGCACCGAGACCUUGUUUUCGGUGCGCAGCGAUCUUGAUUCCAACAAGAAGCACGAGGACGAAAUUCAUGCUCAAUUUACCCUCAGCGCUGGUGCUAUGGAUGACAGGCACUUGAGAACUGCUGCCACCGGCCACAUUCGAAUCACCCUUGCAGCGGAAGCACCCAGCUCGUUCCCCAACGGACCUCGACCGACAGAGUUGGAUCUGUUGCCCACCAGUGUCGAUCGAUUCUAUGCGUCGAUGGACGAGAUUGGGCUGAGCUACAGUGGACCGUUCAGGGCCAUGACGUCCAUGAAGAGGCGUCUGAACGUUGCAUCUGCAACAGUCGCUGUGGAUCGAGACCUGGCGGGGACGAUUCCCGUUCAUCCCACCUGGCUUGACGCCUGCUUCCAGACCUUCCUCGCAGCUUUUGCUGCCCCUCGCGACGGCUCGUUAUGGACAGCCUUCAUGCCCACCGCGAUCGGUCGAAUGGUGUUCUCCCCAUCGAGCACGUCCCAAGUUCCAGGCCGUUCCGUAACUGUGGACGCGCACAUCACCGACUUUGCGCCUGGUUAUCAGGUAUCGCUCCCGACACUGACUGGUGACAUGAGCAUCUUCAACUCUGAAACCAACCAACUGCAAAUUCAGAUUGAAGACUUUGUGAUGAGCUCAUUCCUCCCUGCUUCGGAGAAGGACGACAGGAGGUUUUACCUGCAGAACGUGUGGGGACAGGAGAUGCUUUCUGGAGCCCUGUGUGCAGCAGCUGAACGCUGCGUCGCACCCACAGAGAGCGAGUCGAAGAUCAUUGAUACGUGUGAAAAGGCUGUGCACUAUUACCUGUCAAAACUCAAGGCGGCCGGACUCCUCGACCAGUGGGCUGACAAGAACCCCGGGCUCCGCUCUCUGAUGAACGAGAUAGAGGCUCGUGUUACUAGCAUCCCGGAGCAAUCGGAUCUGGUCUCAAUGCUGGGAGAAGUCGGCGAGCACAUCGAUCUUGUCCUUGUGCGCACUAUUGGCGAGAGUCUCCUCAACUCUCCGAGUGAGGGCCUUGGCCCAAUCACACCUUCACCGAUGGGGGCUCUGAUAUCUCGUUGGCACCAUGAAGGCCUGGGUUUCGCGCAACUUCAGCGCCAUUUCGUGAGCGCAGCUAAACAAAUCUCCCACCAGCACGCGAAUUUGCGAAUCCUUCAAGUCGGCCCAUCUUCGCCAGGGCUCGUCCGUUCAGUUUGCCAGGAGCUGGGUCGCAGCUUGGAGAGGUAUACGCUAGUCGAUGAUUCAGAGCAAACCAUCGAGGAGAUGAAGAGUGCUCUUGCUGCAGACCAGUUACGAGUAGACUUUACCACAGCCAGUGUUGAAAAUGGGAUUGAUGCGGUCAACCAUCUGACUAGUGCCGGCGGUUUCGACUUGGUGAUCGUCCACAAGGCCUUUACCAAGCAAGUUACGGCGCUGAAGACUGUCCGAAAUCUGCUGCGCCCGGGAGGUUUCAUGCUCAUGAUGGCGGCAACUGGUGCCCAGCUCCGUUUCCCCUUCAUGUUGAUGUCCACCCUCCCUUCGCUCGACGACGAAAGAUUGGCACAGACCAAAUUCAUCAACGCUACACGCGCGGAGACCCACGACCUACUCCGACAGAUUGGAUUCUCUGGAGUUGACUCGAUUGCUCUAGACAAUGUGCCUGACAAGCAUACGUUCUCGGUCGUCGUGUCCCAAGCCCUUGAUGAUCACAUCGCUUUCUUACGCAGCCCAUUGACGUCUCCGUCACCUGUUCCACUCAGCGGAAAUCUCCUCGUGGUAGGCGGCUUCUCGGCGGAUAUAGCCAAGCUGGCUACAGCUAUACAAUCACUCGUAUCGACUGUGUGGCACGGCGACAUUAUCAAUGUGCGGACUCUCGCGGAGCUCGACGACGAAGCGAGCACCGUUGAGGCUGUUCUGAGCUUGACUGACCUGGAUCGCCCAGUCCUGGAGGAUGUGAGAGCCCCAACGUUCAGGGGUUUGCAGAGACUCUUCUCCGAGGCGAAAACGGUCCUCUGGAUUACCCACCGGGCGAAAGCUGACAAUCCUUACCACAAUGCCACCAUCGGCCUUGGCCGGUCGUUCCAGUCUGAGAACCCGCAGAAGGUACUCCAGUUUCUUGAUGUGGACACGCUGGAUGGAGUUGAGUCAGCCAUUGCCGAGACCUUCCUCAAACUCAUCGGGGGCGUGAACAUGAGGAAUAGCAAUCCCGCGGACCCUACUCGUCUCUGGACGAUUGAGCCAGAAGUCUCCCUGGAGAACGGGAAAUACCUCGUUCCAAGACUUUUCCCAGAUACGGAGCGCAACGACCGACUCAAUGCUCUGAGGCGCAAAGUCCAGACACAAGUUUCUGUCGAAACGCAGCCUAUCUCGCUCAGCAGAUCUGCGCAGAGUGACCAAGUCGCCUAUACUGCGGAAGCAGUCCACUUCCACAGAGAUCUCGCAGAUGGGGCAACUGAUCCCGUUACUAUUCAAGUGGAGCUCUGCUCGACGGAGCCUGUCAUUCCGAACAUUGACAACGAGGAUCUUUUCUGCUUUGUUGGACGCACGUCAGAAGGUGCACGGCUUGUGGGCCUAUCAACAUCCAAUUCCUCGGUGGUCAAAGUGCCACGCGAAUGGACGAUACCCGUCGACAAGCAUACAUCACACGAUCAAGGUGCAUUUGUUUUGGAGCUGCGGAACGAAAUCCAAUCCCUUGUCAUUGCCAAGUCCAUUCCCCCGGGAUCUACUACAUUGAUAUACGAGCCCGAUCCUCAUCUUGCAGCCUCCUUGCAGCGGCCAGGGCGACCAGCUACUUCGUCGGUCAGUUUCAGAGCCCGUUCGACAUGGUCAAUCCCCGGGAGCCAUAUUUUGAUCGAUCCGCAUGCCUCUAGAAAGGAUAUACAAGCAAAGGUACCCCCCAAAACUAGGAUGCUAAUUCACAUGGAACAAGGACCCGAGACGUGCGAGUUCUUGGCUCUCAGACAAGCUCUCCCGCCGUACGCUACAGUCGUCGCGUUCAAUGACCUUGCAGCUGAUGAUGUCAAUCCACGCGAAUUGCUUGCGGAGGCUUUGUCCAUUAUUCGGGGCGAUUCCCAGUCCACGAAGGUUCCAUUCGACCCUAGCAGUGUGGUAAAAGCCUCUGCCUUGGUCGCUGGGGGAACGAGGGAACAUGCCAAUGCUGCUGUCGUUGACUGGACAGGCGCUCAGAGCAUUACCCUGAGCCCGAGACCGGUGGACACUCGCAACCUAUUUUCUCCCAAUAAGACAUAUCUUCUUGUCGGCCUUACCGGGCAUAUUGGUCAGUCAAUUUGUCGCUGGAUGGUCCAAGGCGGCGCUCGGCAUAUCGUCGUCACCAGUCGACACCCCGAGAAGCAAGGACAGCUCUGGAGAGAGGAGUUACUGAGACAGGGAGUCAACAUUGUCAUUGAAGCCGCUGACGUGACCAAAGAGCAUGAUCUCCUGGACCUCCGCGCUCGCAUUGUCAGCUCCAUGCCUCCAGUGGGUGGCAUUGCUAAUGGCGCCAUGGUGUUGGACGACAAAUUGUUCAUCGACAUGCCUUUUGAGAGUUUCCAAGCUGCCAUGAAGCCUAAAGUACAAGGCUCCAUCUACCUCGAGGAGGUUUUCUCGGCUGAUAACCUUGACUUUUUCCUGUUCUUCUCGUCCAUUUCCGUAAUGACGGGCCAGCGAACACAGGCGAACUAUGUUGCUGCCAACAAUUUCAUGGUCGCUAUGGCUGAACGAAGAAGGGCCCGUGGUCUGCCAGCUUCUGUCAUUGAUAUCGGCAUGGUCGUCGGCAUCGGUGUUAUUCAGAGAUCGCAGAAUGACAAAGGCGUCAGCGCGAUGGAGAACUCGAUCCGACAGAUGGACUACAUGCCUGUGUCCGAAACUGACCUACAUCAUCUCCUCGCUGAGGCCAUCCUCGUGGGCCAGCGAGAUGAGUCCCCGGAACUAAUCACAGGGUUGGAGACAUACAAGCCAGUUGAGGGAGAGGCUCCCUUCUGGCACCAUAACGUGCGCUUUUCCCACCUCAUCACUGACCCUGAUGCUGCGCAAGCGGGUGCGGACUCUGCUGGUAGCGCUCAGAAAUCGUUGAAGGAGAUGCUGCUCAGCUCUGGUGGGCCCGAGGAAGCGAGGAAGGUCAUGGAGAAUGCCCUCUUGCAAUAUCUAGCGUCCUCACUCAAGCUGUCACGCGAGACCAUUUACACCGAUGUGCCGAUCAUUGACCUCGGUAUCGAUUCCCUUGUCGCCGUCCAGAUUCGGAACUGGACCUGGGCCGAAGCUGGAUAUGACCUUCCAGUCUUGAAGAUCCUGGGCGGAUCUUCGGUAACACAGAUUUGCGAUGAGGUAGUCGCAUCUCUGUCCUUUGACAAGAGUUCGAUUGCGGCCGCCAAGGUCGACAGUCAAGCAGCACCGGCUCACAAACUUCGCCCGUGGGAUAAACCAUCCGCAGAUACAAAGCGAACGGACUCUAUAGCACCCGUGCCUAGGUCACAGAUCGCUGCAAAUGGACCCAACGGCUUGCCGAAUGGGGCUUUGAAGAAAGCCUCCAAGCUUGCCGUAAAGGUCAGGCCUCUCUGGACGACUCAAGCUGGCGGUAAAGAUACCAAGAAAGGUCCUCGGCCAGCCCCGAUCAGGAUACAGCCAUUGUCCUUGGGUCAAUCUCGGCUCUACUUCCUCUCUCAAUACAUGGACGAUGAUAGAGUCCUGAACUGCACCAUCUCCUACGCCCUCUCCGGGAAGCUGGAUGUGUCCAAAUUGGAGCAGUCACUCAUUCAGGUGGUGCAGCGUCACGAGGCCUUGCGCACCUCGUUCUAUACAGAUGAGAAGGAUGGGAAGCCCAUGCAGGGUUUGUUGGAAAAGUCACCGUUUCGCCUCAGGGUCGUUCCCGGUGUCAGUGCCUCCUCUGAUGUCGAGACUGAAUUUAACUUGAUCCGCUAUCGUCCCUAUGAUCUCGAGCAAGCGGACACCUUUGCCGCCACCCUGCUCUCACAUAGUCCAGAUUCUCACACUCUGAUAUGCGGAUACCAUCACAUCAUCAUGGACGGCGUCAGCUGGCAAAUAUUCCAGAAGGACUUGGCCAUGUUCUACAACAAUUCGGGAAUCGCGGACUCGGCCAAACAUCUGCCAGCGCAAUACUCCGAGUUUACUCGAAAGCAACAAGAAGACCUGUCCUGUGGAGCUUACGCCGAAAGGCUCCGCUUCUUCCAAGACCAAUUCCGAGAGCCUGUCGAGUCUUUACCUCUGUUUCCUUUUGCCAAAGUUGGCACACGGAAGGUCGUGAAGCAGUACGCGGUGCAGGAGGCCACCACCCAUCUCAAUGCCAAGGUAGUCAGCGCGAUCAAGCAGGCGAGCCAGACGUCUCGUACCACCCCUUUCCAUUUCUACCUCUCGGCAUUUCAGGUUCUACUACACCGACUCCUAGAAACAGACAAGAUGUGCAUUGGAGUGGUAGACGCCAACCGGUCUGACCAGAACUUCGUGAACACUAUCGGGUUCUUCCUGGAAACCAUCCCCUUGUGGUUCAAGGUCAAUAGCGAGCAACGGUUCGUGGAACUGUUAAAGGAGACACGAACCAAGGCAUAUGCUGCCUUGGCACAGACCGGGGUCCCUACCGAGGAGAUUCUGAGAGCAUGCGGUGUCGCAUCAUCGACAACCGAAACGCCGCUCUUCCAAGUUUGCUUCAAUUACCGCAUGGGAGCUGGCCGCACCGCAGCGCUGCAAGGAGUCGAGAUGAAAUUCUUGGACUAUGUUGACGCUCAGAACCCAUUUGAUCUCGUUGCGACUGUCGAUGACUUAGACGACGGAACUGCCAUGAUUACCCUCUAUCUACAAGAUUACUUGUACGACCAGGAGGGUGCUCAACUACUCGCCACCAUGUACGCGAACGUGCUGCAAGUACUGGCAGAGAACCCAGAGAGAUUAGUUGGCUCUGUGUCGAUUUCCAACGCUACGUUGGAGGACGAGGGUGUCAAACUAGGCACCGGGCCCAUCUUGGACCUUGUAGCUCCGUCUACUCCCACUUUGUCAAAGAUUUUCCACACAUGGGUAGACAAGGACCCCCACGCUCUCGCUGUCAAGGACACUACCGGCAAGUCGAAGACAUACGUGCAGCUCGCAGAAAGGGCGAACGCCAUUGCCGCGUCGCUGCUGAACGCCGGCGCGGCGCCUUCCAUUCCCAUCGGUGUCCUGCUUGAUCCCGGCGUAGACACAAUUGCCACGAUCCUCGCCAUACUUCGCAUUGGUGCCGCCUAUGUACCGCUCGAUACACGGAGCUCCGAUGCAGUUCUAUCUGAUAUUCUACAAGAAUCCCAGCCAGGCAUUGUUAUCCACCACAGCGCCACCGCCCCACGCAGCCAGAUCCUUCUCAAAGCCUCCGCCAAAACCAAGCUGGUCACUUUGAACGCCGUCCCUCAGAAGACCAUCAGAAAGAUCCAAGACGUUUCAGUUCCCGAGGGCCUUGCAAUGAUCCUUUACACAAGCGGUUCUACUGGUAGUCCAAAAGGGAUCCCGCUGACCAACGCCAAUAUCCGAACCCCGAUCCUCGGCGUUUCAGAGAGAGUACCACUUGGGCGAGAGGUGGUUCUCCAACAGAGUGGACAAGGGUUCGAUGCCGCAGUCUACCAGAUCUUCAUUGCCCUUGCAAACGGCGGCACCUUGAUCAUGGUUGACAAUAGAGAUGAUCCUGCAAAAGUUGCCGCGCUAAUGGCCCAGGAAUCCGUAACUUGCACCACCCACAUUGUCUCUGAGAUGCAAGCUUUGUUGAAGUAUGGGUACGAUGAGCUUCGCAACUGCUCCUCCUGGCGCAUUGCAAUGGUUGCUGGCGAGGCGUUCACUGUCCACCUCUUGGACCAGUUCCGCGCUCUCAACCGGCCUGACUUGAAGGUAAUCAACGCGUAUGGUCCGACUGAAGCGUCCAUCUGCUCUUCCCUGGGCGAAGUGUCAUUCAACAGAAUCAGCUCCAGUGAAACUAGCAUUCCCAUCGGGAAGGCUAUUCCCAACUACGGCACCUAUAUCGUGGAUCAGCAUUGCAAACCUGUGCCACUUGGCUGGCCCGGUGAGGUCGCAAUUGCUGGGCCUGGUGUUGCCAGUGGCUAUCUCAACCUCGGUGAGCUGACCCAGGCUAAAUUUAGGUCUGCGGCCACCCUGGGAGAAGUGUUUGGAUCGGAUUGCCUUUAUCUCACUGGCGAUAGGGGUCGAAUGCUGUCUGACGGCUCCAUUGUCCUCUCUGGUCGUGUAGAUGGAGACGAUCAGGUCAAGAUUCGAGGUCAUCGAGUGCAGCUCGGCGAUGUUGCCAGAGCUCUUGUCCAAGCCUCCCGAGGCGUCUUUGCGGAUGCGGCUGUUAUCCUGAAGGGAGACGAUACAUCAAAUCCGCAGCUCGUGGCUUACGUCGUCUUCUCCCGAACCAGCAAUAUUCAGGACCAGCAGACAUAUCUGCGUCAACUGAACCAAGAUCUCCCAGUUCCAGCGUACAUGCGUCCGGCAAUCACCAUUCCUCUGGAUACUCUGCCGGUGACAGACCGUGGCAAGCUGGACUCCAAGAAGCUGGCGUCGUUGCCUCUACCCAGCAUUUCUGUUGACUACGAAGAGGACGAGCAGCUUACACCAACAGAGGCGCGAUUGCGAGAUGUUUGGAAGAAUGUCUUAGGUGACAUCGCUUCAUCCAUUCCAAUCCGCCGUAGCUCCGACUUCUUUUCCGUUGGCGGCAACUCCCUGAUCCUGCUGGCUCUGAAGGCUGAGAUCGCUCAAGUCUUUGGGGUGGGACUUUCAGUCUCCGAACUUUUCCAAGCCAGCACACUUGAGCUUCUCGCUGCAAGACUCGACGGAACUUCUUUGUUAGCACAGAUCAACUGGGAGGAGGAAACAGCCCCGGAUGAGACGCAGUUCACACUACCCCCGCCUAUCAACGGAAUCAACGGACAUGGAUCAUCGAAUGGCCAUGCACAAGGGAUAUCUGUUCUCCUUACUGGCGCCACAGGCUUUUUAGGUGGUCAUAUCCUUCGCCAAUUGGUGCAACUGCCCAGUGUCGAGCAUGUACACUGCGUGGCCAUCCGUCCCAAUAAGGUUGAUGUACGCCGACAACUGAGUGUGGAAUCACCCAAAAUCAUUCGUUACUCUGGUGAUCUGGCCCUCCCGAACAUGGGCAUGAGCGAGUCCGAGUUCUCCGAUCUAUUCAAGAGUAUCGAUGUCAUUGUUCACAACGGCGCUGAAGUCUCGCACAUGAAGAACUAUCGCAGUCUGCGGGCCGCCAACUUUCUGUCGACAGUCGGGCUGGCGCGGGCUGCUGUCAGCCGUGGGAUCCCGAUUCAUUACAUUUCCACAGGGGGAGUCGCGCGCCUGAGUGUCGCUGACGAGCAACCCGAGGCAUCGCUGGCAGCGUUUCACCCUCCCAUCGACGGAUCAGACGGAUACGUGGCUUCCAAAUGGGCCAGCGAGGUCUUUCUUGAGAAGGUUCAAAGACGCUUCCAAGGCCAGGUUUGGAUCCACCGGCCCAGCAGCAUCACCGGUGACGAUGUCCCGGACAAUGAUAUUGCGCAUAGCCUGCUCAAGUUCUCGAGGGAGCUCGGGGCUGUGCCUGAGCUAACCGGAAGUGGGUUCUUCGACUUUAUCAAUGUCGAAACUGUAUCAAACAACAUUGCUGCUAGCGUGGUCAGAAGCAGCGAAAAGAGUGGUGGCGGCCUGAUCUACCUUCACCAAAGUGGUGAACAAGUCAUCCCUGUCGGAGACUUGCAGAAGUAUGUUGAAGAACUGGAAGGGCGACCAUUGCAAGUUCUGCCAUUGAAGGAGUGGGUGGAUUUGUCGAUCCGCAAGGGCUUGGACGAGGUUCUGGGGUCCUACAUGUUAGCGUCCAAGGGAGUGAUUCGGGCACCUCUGUUGCAGAGAGGUCCUCAUGUCGAGUAG